UUAUUAUUACAUCACUACUAUUAUCCUAUUAUCAGUAUAUUAUUAUUGUAUAUUGCUGCUUGCAUCAGAAUCCGAAUCCCAUAGGGCCACAGACAUGGCCUUGGUUACCCGCCUUGCUCUCGUUGGGCUAUUGUUGCUGUGAUGGCCAAGUCCCCCCCCCCGCCUUGUUCUUAUGGGGUUUGUGCUUGCGGGAUCAUAAUAAUAAGGCUGCGUUUUGUGAUACGUCGAUUCUUCCCUCUGUGAGACUACCUAGGUAUCUCUCACCUUUCCUUAUCCCCGACUACCGGCCAUCGAUUGGCCACCCGUACCUAUCUAUGACCCGAACGCAAAAGACAGGCGGUAGGUUCUGUCUGGAAUGCCACUGGGAAUCGUUCAAAAUGGCAGAGGAGAACCCCUCCUCUCUUGCUAAUAACUGCGUUGACCCCUCGAUGUGCUGGGGUGAUUCGCAACCCGAGCAUUGUUCUGCAUACCCAUCGUGUCAAAACGUUGACCAGUGCUGCGACAAGGAUACCUGUUCUGUUGAGUGUUCUUCUGUUUGUGAUGGCUUUGUGGCCUGUGAUGCAUCCACCAUCUGCUCGGAAAUGCUUUGCGAAUCCCAAGAUUGCCAGAAUACCACUCCAGUCUGUUUCGACCAGAGCUGUAUAGCUGACGGCACAACAACAACAACAACAACAGCGGCAGCAACAGCAACAACAACAACAACAACAACAACAACUGCUACUACUAUUGAUGAAGGAAUAUGCGAUAUCCUUGACCAAGGCAGCUCCUUCAACUGGAAUACGACCGAAAACCUCCUUCAUUCGUCCAACGCAGCAACGCACUUCAAUAACCCCUUCCAUCCUCAGCACAACACUGCAACCGGCGGCGUUGGUCACAAUAUGCAUUCCACCAACCAUUUUACCCCAUCGGAACCAUCCUUGAUUUCCAAAAACUACGCAUUUCAAUUUCACCAAGACCACCAAUCUUCCUCCUUGCACCAGCCUGCUUUAGCCGGAUCUUCAAAUUCGUCGGGUUCAAUUAUCAAUCAGACAAUUGAUCUGUGUCCAACUCUCGACAACUGCAACCAUCAAUCUCACUUCGGUCCCGUUUUCUCAGAUUGCAAUCCAGAUGAAUUCCUGGGUUUUAUCCCAAUGGAGUUCCAGUCGCAAUUCCACUCGCUAUAUCCGCAGUUAUAUCCAAGGUUUGACGGCGGUUUGACGCUGCCAUGCGAAAUGCAACCCGAGCAUGUGCACAAGAAUACGUCGCUCCCAGCACAGCAUACCGAUCGUCUUACGUCCUCGAGUCGGGAUUCUGUACAACUGUAUUCUAGCCCAUCUAUGACGCCACUCUCUAAAAGUAGCAAUGCCACCUCGCCCCUCACGAGUCCCGACGUCGAACCCAUGCCUGAGCUGCAUAUUUGCAGGUGUAUUAUAAAGAAUAAGCCACAGAGUACGCUGUGUGGAGCAGCCUUUCCUGAUGCUAGCAAACUUCAGGAGCAUCUAAUUCAGGCCCAUGUUGGGAUGGUUGAGGGAAGUCAGGGACAUGGCUUCUAUUGUUGCUGGGAGGGUUGUCAUCGCCCCGAUGAACCGUUUUCACAAAAGUCAAAACUUCAAGGACACUUUCUGACACAUAGUAACCACAAGGGUUUCCAAUGCUCCACUUGUGGGAAAUUCUUUGCGAGGCAAGCAACUCUGGAACGCCACGAGAGAAGCCACCGUGGAGAAAAACCAUACGCUUGCAAAUUGUGUCAAAAGGCGUUUACAGAUAGUAGCGAGCUAAAAACGCAUAUGCGAAUUCACACCGGCGAAAAACCAUUUAAAUGCAACUAUCCAGGUUGCACGUUUGAGACUGGAGAUUCAUCAAAUAUGUCCAGCCACAAACUUACCCAUGGCGUACGCAAGCACAAGUGCAAUUUCCCCGGUUGUUCAAAAAGUUUCACCCGGCCAGACCAACUGAAGAGACACAUAAAAACGACUCAUAAACAAGACACGAACUCAUCCCUCCCUCUUUCGUCGCCUAUAGUUGAACAAUUCCCUCUACCACAAUUCAAACCUCCCUCCGCGCAUCCUUCUGUCGCCAUUCCUUACCAGACUGUUGCCGUUACCAUGCCCUAGUAGCUGAAUAGGAAACACAUUCUACAUCCAUCCCACCACGGCCUAAUUUAUCGACAUUUCAAAGCAACGCUAUCGGUUUCCCCAGCCAAAUAAAUAAUGGAGCGUUAGUUUUCAAGUGUCCUAGCUUUUGGGCGUACAUAAAAGUUUUACGAAAGACACGGUCCCUUGUACAGUACAUUUACAUCGCUCUCAUCCCAUAUUUUUUUCCCCAGAUACUGGACUCGGCGUUUGGGGGGCCCAUAUUUGGGGGUUUUAACUCUUAUUUCAUUCCAGCGGAAGGUGAAUAAAAAAGGAACAGGGGAAAUACGGCAAUUUUACGGCAAUUUUACGGCAAUUGGCUAUUGUUUUUUAACCUCUGAAAUCUCUUUACUAUUUACUACAUAUAAGUUUUGGCUUAAUUAUUGGUUCAUUCUUCGCAUUCUCGAACGAACAUACAGACAAGCUUAGCCCGCCAUUUCUCUUGCUUGUUUGCUUGCUCGCUUGUGCAGAGUCGAGUGGUUUGGGAAAGGCAGACUCGAUGACGGGGCGGUCGGUAUAUUAUGAUCAUAUAUAUGAAUGGCACAAUAUAAAGAAGUGUGCAAAUUUACUUUUUGUCAUGCACGGAUAUUAUAUAUAUGCGCUCUUUUAGCUAGAUAUGCGCGAAGAAUAAAGAAUAUCACAUGACAAAUGAUAUACAUACGUUAUGUUGAGAUUUCUGGACACAAAAGUAUUUGGAAUUACUGGUUAUCCAUCCAUCACCUUGUAGAUAUACAGUACAUAGAAUAUCUAGAACCAAACACCCUGAAAUGCAUCAAGCAAGGCUCACGAAAUCCUAUUUCAACCUAUCCGUCACCCUUAUAAACCACGCCCAAAUCCAGCUUUCCCUCCUACAAUGUACCAAUGUACAUGUAUGUACAUAUACAGCGCAUGGCAACACCCACUCACUCCCUAACACUCUCCUCCAACUGCUCCACCGCAUUCCUCAACUCCCGAAUCCUCUGCCCAAUCCGCCUUUUGAUCUCCUCCCGAACUUCAUCCGGAACCUCCACGGGGUUAAACCUCAUACUACUACUACUACUACUACUACUACUACUACCCCUCGUCUGCCCCUCUUCCCCCUCCGCUUCGCCAGCUUCAUUUGCCCCUCCUGCUCCGUUUACCGCAUUAGCUGAAGAUGAUGGCGGCGGCCGCUCGAGAUGCGAUGGGUGCGGUGUCGUUCCUGUGUACGCGGCGUAGGCACGGUCCAGGUCAUCGAACGCUUCGCGGAGGGAGAUGCGAUCGGAGACGGCGUACAUGGUGGAGGCGGCGGUGGAUUCAGCUGCGAUUUCGAGCUAGGGAUAGAGGAGGCGGGGAGGUUAAAGGAUGUUAGUUUUAAAGGUGGGAAAUUUGGGGUUUGGGGGUAUGUAUGGUUUUGAUGUAUUGAUCUAAACGUUGGGCUUUUUUAUGGUUGACAUGCCUCGUCUUUUGCAAUCUCGUAUCUGUAUUUUUGGUUUGAAGGGCGCAGGGGGGAUCGUUUAGUCAGCUCAUUGAUUCUCUUCCAUUGUGGUAAAAUAAUUCUUAGCCG